UCUGCAACUUCCCAAGGCCCAAGGUUGUGGCAGUUGAGGAAGGGACGAAUCUCCAACAGUCAACAAAAUGGACUUCAAUUGAUGGGAACUUCAGAUGAUUGGAACAGACUGGUUCAGUAUUAAACUGCCUUAAAUGUCAAUUGCACCAAUUUUCCUCUGCUACAUCUGAAGCUCUUACUUCAGCUCCUCUAUUGCACGCAGAAACUCCCACCACUCAGUAGCUCUCAUCCGCAACGUCAUCGUGCAUCAACUGCUAGGAUGGGGCUCCUCACCAAGCUCGGCCUUCGACGCCGAAUGAUAUGGGAUACACCAACACUUCUGGACGAGGUCCUCGACUCGCCAUUCCAAGCCCUCGUCCUGCGUAUUUAUCUCAUCAUCCUGUGGCUCCGCGGUAACCCCGUCAAACCGCCUAAAAAUGGUCGCCCACCCAUCAAGAUCGUCUUUCUCUCAGACACCCACGAUGAAAUCGUCCAGAACGUGCCAGAAGGCGACGUACUUAUCCACGCCGGCGACCUCACCAACGAGGGUCGCGCCGCCGACAUCCAAAGGCAGAUCAACUGGCUGGCCUCGCUACCACACCAGUACAAGGUUGUUGUCUGCGGUAACCACGACAGCUGGUUCGAUCGCAACUCCCGACGCGAAGAGGACGUACUGGGAAACCAACGGGUCAGGUUGAAAGACUCAGGCGUGCAUUACCUCGCGCGCAAAGCGGUGACGCUGAACUUCCACGGUGGAAGGCGGCUAGUUAUCUACGGCGCGCCGGACGUCCCUAAGUGCGGAGGUGCUAGCUUUGCCUUCCAGUAUGUGCGCCAGGAGCACCCCUGGGCUAACUUGAUUCCCAAUGACACGGAUGUCCUCGUGACGCAUGGUCCUCCAAGGCAUCACCUCGAUCUAGGGCUCGGAUGUUCGGGACUGCUCAACGAGAUUUGGCGGGUCAGGCCCAAGGUGCACGUUUUUGGGCAUGUGCACUCGGCGCGAGGUAUGCAGCCGGUGUUUUGGGAUGAUUGCCAGAAAUCGUACGAGAGUGUAAUGUCGCGCAAGAAGCAGGGCCUGAUUCGUGACGUGCUGCCGAAUCGUGGCUGGAUCGAUGCUGUCAAAGUCCUGGUCUACGGACUCAUCGCUAUUAUGUGGGACUAUAUCAUGCUUGGUGGCGGGUCAAGUGGAAGCAUAAUGAUCAAUGCUGGCUGCCAGAAGGGGACGACGGGUAGGCUGACAACGGAGAAGCCCUUCACUAUAGAGAUAUAACUGAGGAGGAGCCGAUAGAAGCAUUGGUAUGACAAGUAGAAGGAGAAUGGAUGUUGUGUGUGGCAAUAUUGUACGAUGCCAAUACGAGGCGACUUCUUUCUUAGGACAGUUAGGCAUCAUCAGUGGCCUGCUUCGAGGUAUUCAGUCAGAAAGGGUAAAAUUUCAUUCUUGAUAGCUCAUCUUGGAGCAGAGAAUCAUAACACUGAAAAGGAACAUAAGCU